AUGGCAGAAGCGAGCCCAAGUAACCAAGACAUUUUUAUGUGUCCAAUUUGUUUGGAUUUACUAAAGGAUCCUGUGACUAUCCUAUGUGGACACAGUUAUUGUAUGGGCUGCAUUCAAAACUGCUGGGAUCAGGAAGAUCAGAAAGGAGUUUACAUCUGCCCCCAGUGCAGACAGACUUUCACUCCGAGACCUGUUCUAUACAAAAAUAAUAUUUUUGCUGAACUUGUGGAGCAGUUAAGGAAGACCAGAAUCCAAGCUGCUGCUCCUGUUCACUAUUUCGCUGGACCGGGAGAUGUGGAGUGUGAUGUCUGCACUGGGAGAAAACUCAAAGCGGUGAAGUCCUGUCUGGAUUGUCUGUUGUCUUACUGUAAAACUCACUUCAAAGCUCACAAUGACCUUAACCCAGGUAGAAAACACUCAGUGAUUGAUGCCACAGGCCAGCUACAGGAGAGGAUCUGCUCCCAUCAUAAGAAAGUUUUUGAAAUAUUCUGCCGCACUGAUCAAACUUGUAUCUGCUAUCUGUGUAUGAUGGACAGCCAUAAAGGCCAUGACACGGUCUUAGCUGCAGCAGAAAGGGCGGACAAACAGAAGCAGUUGGGGCAGACUCAGAGAAGCUUCAAAAAAGAUUAUCAGGAAAGAGAGAAGAAGCUGCACGAGCUGAGAAAGGCUGUGGAGACUCUCAAGAGCUCUGCACAGACAGCAGUGGAGGACAGUGAGAGGAUCUUUACUGAGAUGAUCCGCUCCAUUGAGAGAAGGCGCUCUGAGGUGAAAGAGCUGAUCAGAGCUCAGGAGAAGGCUGAGGUGAGUCGGACUGAAGGACUCGUGAUGCAACUGGAGCAGGAGAUUGCUGAGCUGAAGAGGAGAGAUGCUGACCUGGAGCAGCUUUCACACACAGAGGACCACAUCCAUUUCCUCAAGAAUUUUCAGCCAGUCAGCCCUCUACCUCAUUGUAAAGACUUAUCCAGCAUCUAUGCCAGCCAAAUUCUACCUUUUGAGGCCGUGAAGAAAUCUGUCUCCACACUGAAGGGGCAGCUGGAGGAUUUCUUCAAGCAGGAAGUUAUGAGGAUCUCUGCAGCAGUGUCUGAUGUCCAGGCUGUUUUUACUGAGCCAGUAACCAGACAGGAGUUCUUGAAGUACUCCUGUCAAUUCACGCUGGAUCCAAACACUGUAUUCAGAUACCUCCAUCUGUCUGAGGGGAAGAGGAAGGUGGAAUGGGGAGUUGAGCUGCAGGAUCCUGAUCAUCCAGAGAGAUUUGAUGGGUAUAACCAGGUGUUGUGUAGAGAGGGUGCGUCUGGACGCUGCUACUGGGAGGUUGAGUGGAGUGGGGAGCGGGUUCAUAUAGCAGUGUCAUAUAAAAGUAUCAGCAGGAAAGGACGGGGCGAUGAGUGUCUUUUUGGACAUAAUGAUCAGUCCUGGAGUCUGCACUUCACCGGCUCCAGCUCCUCUUUCAGGCACAAUAAGAAAGAGACUAUUCUCCCUCUAGUGGCCAGCAACAGAAUAGGAGUGUAUGUGGACCACAGGGCAGGAACUCUGGCCUUCUACAGCAUCUCUGACACAAUGACCCUCCUGCACAGGGUCCAGACCACAUUCACUCACACACUCUACCCUGGGUUUAAGGUUGGCAUUCGUUCAUCAGUGAAGCUGUUGUGA